AUGAGAUUAGAUGGUAGUAAACUGAAAGAUAUGAACAAGUUAGCAAAUACCAUUCCUAUAAAAUCAGCAGAGGCGCUAGCUAAAUCUUGUUCUAAUUUAUUAGAUAAGUAUUAUAAAGUUAAUACACGACUAGACAAAAAUUAUCCACAUUUGUCACUUAUUGAUCUUUAA